AUGGGCCAAUUUGAUAGUGUUCUAGGUGAAGACCCUGCGAUUCUCAUCAAUAAAGUAAUUAUAGAAAGCCAGGGUGCGAAAGAAACGUCUUAUAGCCCUUAUUCGAAAUUUAGGGUCGGCUGCUGCAUAUUAACUGAAGAUGGUACAUACAUUACGGGUAGCAACGUAGAGAAUGCCACCUAUGGUGCUACCGUAUGUGCAGAAAGAACUGCUAUAGUGAAAGCCGUUACUAGUGGUCACAAAAACGACUGGGUUUGCAUAGCAAUCAACAGUGAUAUUGGAAACUCUUGUACACCACCUUGCGGGAUAUGCAGACAGAUGAUAAGAGAAUUUGCUAAACAAGAUCUACCAAUAAUAAUGACGAAUGGAGACGCAUCUAUAAAGAAGGUGAUGACCCUGCAACAACUGUUACCAGAAAGUUUUGGUCCAGAUCAUUUCAAUAGUUAA